AUGGCUGCCAUACCAUACCCUCCUCGGCGUAUAUCGCGCUUCAAUGACGAGCAAAAGGGCGAAGACUUCCUGACUUACGUAGCCCAAGAGACCAUUGCGAAGAAGAGUGCUCGGACCCUUUGCGAGGUCGAAUGGAUCAUGGCCAAGAAGACAAUCGAACAUUGUCAAAAGCAAAUCCAGGCUUGGGUGGAGACUUGCAGCGGCAGUUGUUCAGCUUUGGUCAUUGAACCAGAGGAAACAGUGGAUACACCGGUCGAAGGUCCCAAGCCGUACAUUGAGCUCCGAGCCAACCGAGACAUCGACUCCGGAGAUCUGGUACUGUCCGAGCAGACGAUCUCCAAUGUGGCUACCAGUAUCCCAGAGGGCGAAAAGACGUGCCGCCUGUUUGUGAGAAACCGGACGCCUACCAACUCGGAGGUGCCGCCAGCGACUCCAUCUUCGUCCUUACCUACCCUCCCGUCUCAGAAUUCUAAUCAUACCACUCAACGCAACCACAGCAAAAAAGCCGAUGUCGCGGAGAUUCCUCAACACCCGUCAAGCAGUCACAACUUUCUAUACUACAAAUAUAUAGCCAAAGAAGACGUCGUCGGAGAGUUGAAGGCUUGGGUUGAGCGUCGCAAGGCUCACAACAACUUCGAUACGGACACAAUCUGGGAGAUAAAUGAGCCAGAGCGCGAGUCGAAGACCGAACUCCAGUACCCGGGCUCGCCCAGUUAUUCACCACCCGCUUCGCCAUCGGUCUCGAUCGAUGCUCUCCUCAAGCCUUUCACUGUUUCUUCAAUCAAAGCCGAAGAACAGUUUCCAGCUUCCCCUGGGACUCCUAAAUGGAAAAUCGACCUCAGCGAACGCAAAUGUUUCAUCCUCACGACGCUCAUCACCUACCCCAAGACCGGCCUCACAAUACAAGAUCCCAUCUGUGACCCAACGAGGUUCAAAGUCGACGAUGGCACUGGUACCGUCGUGCACAUGCGUGACUACCUCGUUUGCACCGAUCACGCUUACUGCGUCUGCCAGCCGCUAGGACCAGCGAGGGCGAGCAAGGACGGAACGAUCAUGGGCUUGAUGGAGCUGCGUAACGUGAUGGAUGGGAAGCUGCGUGCGUUGUUGGGCAGCGGGCGGUCCGGAAAGAGCAAUGAGCCUGAUACCAAGGAUAUAUGA